GUAAAAUUAAAGUAUAACAACUUCGUUAUAUUUUACAGUAACAUCAAAUAAAGCUCUGACUGAAUUUUAAUGUAAAUGAACGCAAUGUUAAUUUUAGUACGACUCUGGCCAACUGCGCAAAAACAUACUAAAUGUAAAGAUUAUUAUGUAAGUGGGGGAAAGUAAAGGCUCAAGGGUAUAAUAAAAAGGAAGAAACUUCAUAAGGAGUACAAUAUAUAUGGAUACGUUAAUACUUGUUCAUGAAAAAAGACUGAUCGGAGGCUGAGGAUGAAAUUACUGUUUGAUUUUUGUGAAGCGGUCCUGCUUUGGGUCCUACAGUAGACUGAAGAGAAAGCGGAGGCUACCCUAGACCAGGGCUACGUCUUGAUCAGCCGUCCAGUGGAAGGCCCAGAGCCAUUCCGUAACUGAUGGCAGUAGCCUGAGAUAUAUGUUCUUGAAUGAUAUGUGGAAAUUGGAGGAAGACAAAAAGAAAGAGGUUGAACAUUGUUAAGUAGAAAAGUUUCAGAGGAAAGUCUUGAAAUGUAAAAAUGGAGGAAAACAUUGCAAGUGGGGCAAGAAACUUUAUUACUAUUAGAUGUAGUGGUCAAGGUACACUGUGUUUGGCUGUAAAUGCCAUGAUUGAGAAAAUUGAUCGUAUUGUGUAUACCAUCAUACACAUGCCAAACUACACAGAAAAUAAGAAGAAAAGCUUACUUGUAAAACUGGUCCAUUCCCCAUCAUUGAAAAAUGGUGGUACCCUUGAGCAGUCAGAUGUUGUUGCUGUGUUUGAUACCUGCAUUAGUAUCAUCACUACAGAAGAUAAUGAAGGAACAGCUCAGCUUGCUGUCUUUGCAUUUAAUAGCUGGGCAGGACAACACAAAAAUUACCUUAAAGAAUACUUGACCCCUGAAAAAGUCAGUUAUGUAUUAAGUGGACAGACAAAUAAUGUAAUGAUUAUUGGUUGGUUAAAAGAAACACUGUGUCAUUUAAUAAAAGAUGCAGACACUAUAUGCACAUUAGGACCCAUAUUAGAUGGAGUUUUGCAGACAAAGUUAAGGGACUUUGGAGGUAACUCGGCCUUUGUUGCUGUACUAGCUGACUUAUAUGCUGCUUGUCCAGCCAUUCUUCCACAGCCACAUACAAGAUUGACUUUUACCGUCACACUUAUGAAUUGUGUGGCUUCCUUUCCAACUCCAACAAAAACAGAGGUUGUAGGCCAUAUGAAAAGUAUAGGAGGACUUAUUAAUAUGUUAUGGAAUGGGCUGCGUCUGGAGGACAUUUUGUACUCAUUACAUGCAAUGUAUGCAAUAAUCUCAAAUGCAGAUGGAGGAUCUGAGGUGUGUCCGGCCAUGGCACAUCUUCUAUCAUUAGUCCCAACUGUAGUAGUUGAAGCUUUAGCUCCUCGUAUUGUUGCUGAUCCAUCAACAACAGAUGUAGCCUUAAAUGCUACUCUCACUCGCCUUACGGCUUGGCUUGUAUUGUGGCCAAUAGCACACCAAACAUUAGGUUUAUGGGUGCGCACAUUAGUUCGCCUCUUGUAUCAAAAUGGCAGAAUGUCAGUUCCUACAAAAGUCACUCUAGAAAGAGUACCAAAGCUGUUGACUGCAAUGCACAUUCCUGUUGUCCGAAAUGGUAUAGUUACAGUCAUUUCAACUUUAUUACUGUCUCUACAACAUUCCCCAGUUGCUUUCCAUAAGAUCAUAAUGCCUUUAUUGGAGGUGUUUGGGAGGCUUCAGAGAGAGUGUUCCGAUAACGCUAGAAUGACUUUAAACCACCUUGCUACUCUUGUUUUUACUCUUAUGGCAUUGCAUCCUGGCUAUCCCCAAACAUAUCAACCACUGAUGGAUGUUCUGAUAAAAUAUGAAGCUCCCUCUGAUAAAGACAUCCAUGAUAUGAUCCAAGAGCAUGCAUGGGCAAGUGGGGAAGGAACAAGAAAUUAUUUCAGUCAAGUUGGAGCAGCUAUAGGCAUGGACACAUCUGCAUAUCAGCAAAGAACUUUGAGUCAGCGGGUUGGUCUGCGGAAUUUAGGAAACACAUGUUACAUGAAUUCUGUAAUUCAGGCUCUCUUCAUGACUGACAGUUUUCGCCAUCAAAUUUUACAUGCAGUACCCCGCAGUAAUCAGCAACUGUUGGUUAAGCUCCAGCAACUUUUUAGUUUGUUGUGUUUUACUAACAGAACAUAUGUAGCACCUCGAAUUUUCCACGAUAAAUCAAGGCCACCUUGGUUUAGUCCAGGCAUGCAGCAAGAUUGCUCUGAAUAUUUAAGGUACCUGAUGAUCACCCUCCAUGAAGAAGAGCGCUCAGGACAAAGGCUUCCUGAAUAUCAAGAAAGAAUUAUAAUUGAAAGUGAAACUGCAAGCCUGGCAUCUGAUGUUCAGCCUUUACCAUAUGACUCUGCAUCAGAAGAUUUCAAUGAUGUUGAGCAACCUCUGAAAGUUGAUUUCUGUCCAGAGACAAACAGUGUAUUAAAAAGUAUUCAUUCUAACAAGAGCAUGUCACCCUCUGAAAUGGAUAUAGAAAUGGACACUUCGGGCAUAGAAAAUUGUGCUACCAAAAGUAAAUCUGCCAUGGACAGCAUUAACAUCACAGAACAAUUCAAGGGAAAUCUAACAGAUAGUUAUGGUGAAUUGAUUACUGAAUAUAGCAAUGAACAGGAUAGAAAAAGUAGACUGUUGGUAUCUAGUAGCAUGGACACUUCAGAAACUAGAAAAGUUCUCAAGUCUCCUGAAGAAAGUUAUAAUAUUUUGGAAAACUCUUUUGAAAAUGAGGAGACACUAUCAAGGCAUCUAGAUAAUGCUUCAAAAUCUAGUCAUUGUAAAAGGAAACAUAAUGUAAAUCGUGGAGCUUCACAAUCUGUAACAAAGUCUAGUAAAGUAGAGAUGAUGACCUCAGAUAUUGAUAAUAGUUCUGACAGUGGCAUCAGUGGUGAUUUAGCUGAAGAUACAGAACUCCGUAGUCCCAGUGCAAGUAGUCCAAGUCCAAAAGAUUCAUCUAUUUUAUCUAAUAAAGAUCUAAAUGUUGAGGAAAUUGUUACUGAAAAUUCAAAUAUUGAAGGUGUUGAUAGUGAGUACUUUGUUAGCCUAGUGCAUAAGGUAUUUGGUGGAAAGUUGGCGACUCGUAUCAAGUGCCUUCAGUGUAAAACAGAGUCUGUACACAAAGAUGUUUUCACUGACAUUCAUUUAGCUUUCCAGGAUGCAGAUAGAUAUAAUGCUACCACUGCCAUCAGAAGAAAUCCUGAACGUGUAUGUAGACAGAAGCAACAGGAUAACCCUGUUGAUCUCAAGAUUGAAGACAUGAUAACAAGUUACUUAACGUCAGAAAUUCUUACAGGUGAGAAUCAGUACGAGUGUGACAGGUGUUGUGGGAAACAGGAUGCAGAACGCUCUAUUCAAAUUUUAGAACCUCCAGAGCAUCUUAUACUGACUCAGUUAAGAUUCUAUUAUGAUACUGCAAAAGGACAGAGGCAAAAGGUAUUUACAAAUGUUGAAUUUGGGGAAGAACUAUUGCUACCUAUAAAAUAUUCUAUGCAGGGUAUUCUAAGCGAUAAUUUUAGUUUAAGUCAGGGCAAAGGUGCUUCUUUACAAGGAUAUUUCUCAGGGAAAGAUGUUACAGUCAGUGAUGUGAGAACCUCCAAGAGUAACUUGAGUGAUUACAUUUCUGCAAGUAGUGGUAGUACCAGUAAGAAACAAGAGGUUGAAACUGUUGGCAUUUCAUGUAAAUGUCAGGAACAUAUUAAUAGUGAUGGACCAAAAAAAACUACUUGCAAUUACUUGAACAGUACUGUUAAAAACUUUGAAUCUGCUUGGCAACAUAACUGCAGUACUUCCCAGGAAAAUAGUGUUAGCAGUAAUGCUGAAGUGCUUGCCAAGCAUCCUUCAGGUGCAAAUACUAUGCCUCACAUCAAUGCAGGUGGAAGUUCUAGUUUAAGUUGUGAUGUUUAUCCAAGUAGUCAUGCAAGUGCUAUGCAUGAUGAUCUGCACUAUUCAGAUUCUCAGCCAAGUUGUAGUAGUACUGGUAUUAUGAAUUAUGUGCCUGAACGAGUUUCUGAUGAUUUUGUUAAUAGUUCAGAAGAAUCUUCUGGUUGCAUGACACCAGAGGGAAGAUGUCAUGUUGAACAAGAAGUGACAUAUGCUCGUUAUGCCCUGUAUGGAGUUGUCGUUCACUCAGGAUUCUCUUCUGAAGGAGGACAUUAUUAUUGCUAUGCAAGAAAUUCAUCUAUAGCUGCCUUACCAGAAUCUGUGCGAGAAAGAUAUGGAGCUCUGGGAUACUGGUACAACUUUAAUGAUGAGAAAGUGACCAACACAUCUUUCUCUGCCAUCAACAGCCUCACCCGAACUUUCAGCAGAGACACAGCAUAUCAACUGUUUUAUAAAAAGUUAAGUGAGAGUCUUGCUCCUGAUGUCCCACUGUUUGAAGACAUGAAAUCUCUUCGUCUUGACUUGAGAGAAACAGUGGAGUGUGAUAACCUUCAGUAUCGAAGUGAACAGGAUCGCGAGUCCCAGCGUAAACAUUCUCCAAGUACAGGAAGUUCUAAUUUUUCAAGAGAUACUGAUCAUGAUGGCACUCCUCCUCCUGGAGGUUGUGGUGGUGGUCCAGGUGGAGGAGGAUUCAAUACUCCAUCCAGGGUUGUAUUUUAAGAUAAUCUUUUGAAUAUGGGAAUUUAGUAGUAUCCUGUAAGCUGUAAUUCAUGAGCCACAGAAUCGAUAAUCUUUGAACUGAAUAUGAUCUUAGAAACUUAAAAUUUCAUGUCUCCUUUGUGCCUCAAUACGACUUGUUCAGCCGAAGUGUGAAGUAUCCUGGGUCAGUGACUUUUUCACACUCACUAGAGCCUGAAUGAUGUACAUUAAUUACGUAAAUUGUUUUUUCAUUAGAAGACUAGUUUAGUUUGUUCCUUCAUGUUUACAAACUCUCAGUCUUUACAUAUAAGAUUCACUUCAGCGCAAGCUGGAGCCAACCGUUAACUUUAAACAAGGUGGAUAUUGGUAGUUGGCAUUCAGUUUACUUAUUGACCGUGUCUGAGAUAAACCCAUCUCUUCUACUGCCUGCCGUUCAGCUUAAUUCUUUUCUUUUAUUAUGCUUUUUGUUUUUAAAGAUAAAUAAAAUUUUGUCUCGAGAUAUACAGUUACCCUGCUUAUUUGUGGUUCAGCAAUCACGGUUUCAGUUAUUCGUGGAUUUUUGUGUGCCACAUUUUCUCAAUAAAUCACAGAAAAAUUGGUAAUUCACGGACGUUUUCAUUGAAAAAAAUAGCUGAUUGCUGAAUUUUAAUGUUAUUUUUGGGACUAAAUACAUUUUUAUCAUAAAAUAUGUACUAUUUAUUCAUAAAAAUAGGCAGUUUUAAGCAUUUUAAGAGUGGUAUUUGGUGUUCCAGCUAUUAAAAUAGUUAUAGUAUAUAAGAAUUUUAAGAGGGGAUUUUGGUAUUUGCAAGUGGUUGUGGUACCUAACCCCUGUGAAUAAGGGGUCAACUGUGUUGCCUAUAGGCACCCCUCACUUGUUAGCACUGUUGGUUUACAGCGCUCAAGUUUUAUGGCACUUGGCUAACGAUGUCGUUAACCAGGUUUUUGGCAAUGGUAAGCAAUUUUCAGCAUCAAUAAGUGUUUUGUCAGUAAGUGGUUUAUCAGCGCUGAUAAGCGGUUUGUUGGAGUUUACAAUGUCUAAAUGUCAUUUAUUACUAUAAUUAUCAGUGAUUUUUGGUUAGUGGCACUCAGCCAGGAACAAAACCCCCCAUUAACUGAGGACUGUCAGUAUUGAAAUAAUGUAACAAGUUCUAUUCUGUUGUUACAUUUUGUUAGUUUUGCUCUUUCUUGCUGCACAGUUAUUCACAGUUAUGCUAUGUGGGCAGUCCCCAGUUAAUGGCAAUCCACUUUUGUGGUGCUUGUGUAGCAACAAAAAUCUGCUAUUUUUGGCACCGAUAUGUGCAGAUAUCCACAUAUCGCCAAUAAUUGAGUAUUGGCACCAAUCGAUCUUUGGUUAUUGGCGCCAAUAAGUGCCAAAAAUUGCCAGUUUUUGGUUAUCAACGAUUUUCACUUAUCGUCAACCGUCAGAACAGAACCUCAUCUGAUAACCAGGGACUGCUUGUAAUUGUUUUCAACUUGGUUUUGCCCUUUUGGUAUGAUGCAAACCUUGCUUGGUCUUCUUAGCUUUGGGGUUUGCUCAGUUAUAUUUUUCUAUUGCGUUCCUAAUGAGAGGGGCCAGUUUCUUGCCACAAUUCUAUAUCGAACAUCCUUAUUCUACAUCUUUUUUUCUGUUUGUUUUGAAGUGUUUUCUUGCUGAACAAGCAGAGAUUUUCUUUUGACUACACAGUUACUUGGAAUGUUGUAAUGUUUUAGUCUUUCAGAUGAUGUAGAGAUUGAGAAACAUCAAGGGGGAGGAGGGUUCUCUCACUAAGUAUGGUGGUUUUGUAACUUGUACGAGACCUCUGCUUGCCUUCCAGCUAGAGCCCCCUUCUCUUGUCAUGAGAAAAACCAGAGGUUGAUGUUGCAGGACCUUUAGGCAGAGUUUCCAAUUUUAACAAGUCUUUUCCAGGACCAGUAGCUGUUCUGUCUAUGGUUCCUGUGUACAAGUCUUGCUUCGUCUUUGGAGUGGCUUCUAUACUCCCUCCCCUCUUCUUGUUACUGUUUUCAAGGAUGAAAAGUCCCGGGAAACUUUCCUUAAUGAAGUUCUUUCGCCUCCCUUGCCUUUUUCAUCAUUGUGUGAUUUAUCAGUUUCUCCGUCUUCUUUCUCCCCAUCUAGAGAUAUUGGGUGGAAGAAUACAUUGUGACUGGAGGAGGAAAACUCAUCAUCAGAGCUGCAUUCAGCCAAUGUUUCGGUUUGGGUGUAAGUGUGCUUCAUUGCUGUGUGUCAUAGCUUCAAGAGCUACUUCAUCGCCCCCCCGCUUUCGACGUUGGAUUUGCAGAAGUCUGGCAGUUAAACAUCAUACAUGUUCAACAGAUCAGAGGUAUGGGUCUCCUUCCUUUGAUCUUACAUGACCAGGAAAGAGCCCCAAGUGGGGCAAACUACCUCUUAGUUCAGAGAUUUGCUUAGAAUCCUACCACCAAGGAGUAAGUCUCCCUUAUGUAAAGACCAAGGGUUUGUAUACUUGUAAGGACAAAUGACAUUUUUAAAGUAUAGGCAGUCCCCGGGUUACACAUUCCGAGGUUAGGGUGCUUCUCAAUUAUAUUCAUCAGACAUUAUUUCCAGGGUUACGACGCCUACAGCGCUCAUCUGGCAGAUGAAAUGACACCAAAAAUUUAAAAUAAUCAAUAUUUGAAGGGUUUUUUCUUAUGAAAAAUGCAGUAAGAAUGCAGUUUACAUAGUUUUCAAUGCACCCAAAGCAUUAAAAGUAAGGUUUUCUUAGGAUUUUUGACGAUGUUCCGGCUUACGAUGCGUCUCAAGAACGGAACCCCCGUUGUAACCAGGGGCUUGCCUGUAAUUGGUCUUUUUCCUAAUAAACAAACCCGAGGUAUUAAUAUAAAUGGCCUAUCUCUAGCCAUCCCUCAUCCUGCUUCCUGGACCAAAAGGUAAAGUGAAUGCGUACCAUCUGGAUGGGAGGGAUUCCUCCUCUUCUGUUGUUAGCAAACUACUAAUAUCUGCCUUUUUUAAGGUUAAACAGCUGGCUUAAGCUUGCUCUGAAAGUAAAUUCCAUAUGUAAAGACUUCAGCUUUGUAUGUUAGGAAAAAUACAAAUUACUUAAAAAAUUUGACAUUUCAGAAAUAUGGA